CUCGGUUUCAGGUUGGUGUCAAUGGUCCAAGCCACCAUGGCAACAGUGUCGGGGAUCACGGUUGUCCUUAACUGCAAGAACGUGGUGUACGACAGGCACUGGCUGGCUGUAGAGUACAUCUGGGUCCUCGUUCCCUACAUGACCUACGACAUUUACGUCAUGUACCUCUGCCACUGGCACAAGAGCCGGGACAAGGGAGUCAUGGAGAAGAAGCACUCGCUGGCCAGCGUGCGGAGCUUCCUCCUGCAGGAGCGGCUGAUGGUGACCCACCACCUCUUCAUCCUCAUCGUGCUCACCCCUGUCACCCAGCACUUCAGGGGAGAGCUGGGGGACUUCUUUGUGGGCUGCAUCUUCAUAGCAGAGCUGAGCACGCCUUUCGUAUCGCUGGGCAAAAUCCUCAUGCAGCUCAAAAUGCAGGACACACUCCUGCACAAGGUGAACGGGAUCCUCAUCCUGGUGACCUUCUUCCUCUGCCGUAUCCUCCUCUUCCCUUUCAUGUACGCGGCCUAUGCCAGGCAGGUGGGAAUCCCCAUUUACAUGGUGCCUUUCCGCAUCCCCCUGCACUGCAACAUAGCCAACGCCUCCCUCAUCGCCCCCCAGCUCUACUGGUUCAGGCUCAUCUGCCGCAAAGCCGCCCGGCUCUACGGCGGCUCACCCGCCGACAAAAGCAGAUAACAGCCGGCAGCGGCAGCCCAGCGCGGGGGCUGGAAAAGGGUCAGCCCCCCUCCCCGGCUCUUCCACCUUCAAUGCCAGCGCUGCAGGGACCAUGGUGGAAGCAGAGCAGCGGAAGCAGCGAUACCACCGGGCGGUUUUAGCUGGAAGCAGCCUCGCCAUCUCCACCGCCGUGCCAGGCAGCGCCGGCCUGGGCUAGGAAGGCUUUCUUCCCACGCCGCACCAGUGCCUUGUGUCCUCCCACCCGUGGGAGCCAGGGCAGGAGCCAGCAAGGAGGAGGUCUGCCCAUAAGCACAACAUUCCUUCUAGGAUUCAACACUCCGGCACUGAAUUAACGGUUACAUGAGAGGGAUUUGUUACAACCCCCCCCACACACGUCUUUCAGGGCUGACACCAGACACCAGCACUGAGCGUGGCGAGGCCCGGAGGCGGCAGCGGCGGUGAUGCUGGAGCUUGCCUGGGGGAGCUGCGUGCCAGACCUGCCGCAGCCCCAGCUCGCUCCUCCAGCUCCGGUUUGAGAGCAGAGCCAGUCCCCAGGGCUGCAGCGUGGUUCUGCACAGCCUGUUCCUGACCUUCACCAACUUUGCCUCGACACUACAGCCACGGUCAGCCUCUCAGCUCCCACUGCUGCUGGGCUCAAACUCAUUUUAAGACUCCACUGAACCCAAAGGUGCUUUUCACUACAACUGCCUGCUGUCUGUGGCUGACAGUCCCCUGGGAGGGUGGCUCCGGUGUCCCCAGCAGGCCGGAGGGGAAAGGAGCUCACGCCAGGACAGAGGAACAGUUACGCUCUCCGAGAGCAACGCUGGCAAGGCAGAGCACCCCUUGCUGAAGGGCAGGAUGGGGAAAGGAGACUGCUAAGUCCCCGUCUCUGGGCACUAUGCAGAGCCCUUCAUUGGCAGGGGAUGCAACUUUCAACCCCCUUCCCUAACCGCAGUGGCCUUUAUCUGCCCCACAUCCCCCCAGUGGGUACCUGAAAGCCCAACUGGCACAUCCAGCCCUGCUCUGCUCCCCCUCCAGCUGACACCAGCAGCCCUGGCAGCACCCCGUGGGUACCGGUACAGCCUGUGCUCCAGUGGCACGGUCCAUCCCUCCUGCUCCAUCCCACUCCCCCGCAAGACAAGGUCUGCCAGGGAAGGAACUGGGUCAGUGCAGGAAGACCCAGCAACCCCAGAGCAGGGCACUGAGCUGCGUCAAAUUCAGCACAUUUCCACCUUCAGUUACAGCAAAAGGAGUACUACAGCCUUCCCAGCACGCCCCGCACCCAUGGGGUUCACAAGCCUUGCGGGUACGUGCAAGUCAGCAGCACUUCGGUUCCCUCCCUGCAGCCAGUGCAAGCCAGGGCAACCACCCACGCUUGCCCAGGAGUCCCCUGCUCCCGGGCAGGUACGCACCAGCGUGGCCCCAGCAGCCUCCUUUCAGCCCCCCCGUGCCUGGAGACCUGUGGUCGCUCUGUGCCUUUCAUUCUGUCUAAAAACCAAACAGCUGAGCUCUAGGAGACCUGGUUCUUUCGGGUGUCGAAUCUUGUCCCAGCCACAGCUCUAUUCUGGAAAAAGUGAAAUAAAGGGCCUCUGCCACCACGCCGUCGGUUAUUGCAGAAACAACUACUGUUACAUUAACG